AUGGUUUCCUUAACCGUUGCAGACAUAUUUGUUGGCUGUGUUGCAAUAGCGACCUUCGUAACCCGUGGUAGAGACUUCACACUUCAUUCGUGUUUAGUUCGCUUUGGAUUUACUAUAACCGCAAUACAAACUUCAAUUCAGUGUUUGUUAUGGAUAGCCAUAGACCGUUAUAUUGCCAUAAAGCAUGCUUUGGCCUAUACUAGAAUCAUGACACCGUGCAAAGUUGCCCAGAACUGUUAUUUAAAAGAUAUAGUUGGAACAUACCUGCUGCUGCUUGGAUUUUCUAAUUCAUUUUUUAAUCCUUUGAUAUACGCCUUUCGGAGUAAAGAUUUCCGUGUGGAUUUUUCCAGUAUGGUGAGGCGUGUAUGUCAUAAGAUAAAUUGUAAUAGCUAA